UGUCGUUACUCUGGUUGGCUGUGCUGCGUACGCCCCGCCUACUAAUCAUGUCAUUGGAGAAUAUUUUCCUAUUGCGCGCCGCCCAACUUCGGAAUGUGACGUGUUUGCGGGAGCGCGCACGUUCGGGUGGGGAGGAGCGCGCGCUUUGGACCGUAUCUUGCUGCCAAUAUGGAUGACAUUUUCGCCCAGUGUCGGGAAGGCAACGCCGUGGCAGUGCGUCUCUGGUUGGAUAACACAGAGAAUGACUUAAACCAGGGGGAUGAUCAUGGAUUCAGCCCAUUGCACUGGGCUUGCAGGGAGGGGCGCAGUAACGUCGUUGACAUGCUGAUUAUGAGGGGUGCAAGAAUCAAUGUUAUGAACCGAGGAGAUGACACCCCACUUCAUCUUGCCGCCAGCCAUGGGCACCGUGAUAUUGUACAGAAGCUCAUUCAGUAUAAGGCUGAUGUGAACGCUGUCAAUGAACAUGGCAACACCCCCUUGCACUAUGCCUGUUUUUGGGCUCACGAUGAGGUGGCUGAGGACCUGGUGACUAACUCUGCCCUGAUCUAUAUCAGUAACAAGUAUGGCGAGACCCCACUGGACAAGGCUAAGGCUCAUCUGAAGGAACUGCUGAAAGAUCGAGCAGAGAAGAUGGGGCAGAGUAUGAGCAGGAUCCCGUAUAAGGACACAUUCUGGAAAGGGACAACUCGAACCCGACCACGUAACGGCACCCUGAAUAAACAGGCUGGGAUUGAUUAUAAGCAGCUCACCCUCAGCCACAAACUCAAUGACAACCAUUCUGGGGAGCUCUGGAAGGGACGUUGGCAAGGCAACGACAUCAUCAUCAAAGUUCUAAAAAUACGGGACUGGAGCACAAGGAAGAGUCGAGACUUCAAUGAGGAAUACCCCAAACUCCGGAUUUUCUCUCAUCCCAAUGUUCUGCCAGUUUUGGGCGCCUGCCAGUCCCCUCCAGCCCCUCACCCUGUGCUCAUCACACACUGGAUGCCCUAUGGGUCUCUUUUCAAUGUCCUGCACGAGGGCACAAAUCUGGUGGUGGAUCAGUGCCAGGCAGUUAAGUUUGCCCUGGACAUUGCACGGGGAAUGGCUUUCCUACACACCCUGGAACCUCUAAUUCCGCGUCAUUAUCUGAACAGUCGCAGCGUCAUGAUAGAUGAAGACAUGACAGCCAGGAUCAGUAUGGCGGAUGUGAAGGUCUCGUUCCAGUGCCCAGGCCGGAUGUACAGCCCCGCGUGGGUGGCACCUGAGGCGCUGCAGAAACGCCCAGAGGAUAUUAACCGUCGCUCUGCUGACAUGUGGAGUUUUGCCGUUCUGCUUUGGGAGCUGGUGACCCGCGAGGUUCCAUUUGCCGACCUCUCAAACAUGGAGAUUGGCAUGAAGGUUUCCCUUGAAGGCCUCCGUCCCACCAUCCCCCCCGGGAUCUCGCCCCAUAUCUGCAAGUUGAUGAAGAUUUGUAUGAACGAAGACCCUGCCAAGCGACCCAAGUUUGAUAUGAUCGCCCCCAUCCUGGAGAAGAUGCAGGAGAAAUAAGUGCAGCGCUCGCACAAGUGCUACAAUAGUGCAACACACAAGCCUCUGAGACAAGUCACAGCUACACAAGUAACACACGCCCGUUGGUGCCACACGGGUACAAAGUGCCUUUGCAUGAAUGAGAACCCGCUAUAACCAUAGUCUGGGGUACCCCCUCCAACUGUCACUGGGGUACAGGCAACCCAAUGGCACAGUCUCCCCAAAGCUCAAGUCACUGGCAGGGGCCACUGUACCACUCCUAUUGUUUUGCUAAAAUUGCCAAUUCUUCUUCAAGUUUAGGGUCGAUUUGCAUUUCUGGGAAGCGUUUACCCCACACUGUCCGUGGCUGCUGGGUCAGUGCCUGGGAACAAUAUGGAGUAGCACUGCUUAGUUACUGGGGGCCGGUGCUUUUGUGACUAUGUGUCUGUUACUGCAGAGUGUUGUUUGGUGCAAUAAUGCAGGUACCGCCCCUCUCUAUAUCUGCCGCCGCCCCCCCUUAUAUAUAUACAGCGCCUGUCCUGCAAGUGUAUAAAUAUUUAUAUCUGUAUCACAUUAUAUCACUAUGCCAUGUAUCUUACUGUAUGGGGGGGCCACGCUGCUCCCCUUUUUCAGCCUAAAAAAGCAAAAGUAUUUUUUUUAUAUAAAUUAACCCUUUGCACCUUGUGACAAACAAAUAAAUAUUAUUUUAAAACAAA